AUGCCAAACUUCAUCUUUACCUGUGCUCCAAAUUUUAUUGCAAAUGGCCUUGCCACCGGUGUUACGGUUGUUGUCGGCCUUGCACGGGGUAAAGUUGGGCUUCCUUCUCAUCAGUUUGCCGCUGCAUUUACCUUUGAUAGAAAAUUCGCCAUUUGCUUGAUCUCUUCUUCAAGUUCUAACGGUGUCAUCAUUUUUGGUGAUGGAGCUUAUGUUCUUCUUGAUGCCUCUAAGUCUCUCACCUAUACCCCACUUCUCAUUAAUCUUGUGGCAACGACCAGUGGUUUCUUUCUAGGCGACGAAUCGGUGGAAUACUUCAUCGGUGUAACCUCCAUUAAAAUAGGGGGAUUAAAGGAAGAUGAGUUGAAAUAUAAAGUCCUUAGAGAGACUCUUGGUUACCCUAGUCUCGUUGGUCUCCUUGAUCUGGUUUGGAACAAGCUGAAAGUUCAAAACCUUAAAAAUGACAAUAAAGAUUAUCGAUGUUUAGUCAACAACUACAUCAAGGAGUACAUAGAUUGGGGUGCCAAAAAGACGGUCGAUGCAUCUAUAGGAGUCUCCACUCGUAAAGAACAUCACAAGAAAUUGGGAGUUCCCUUGCCUAGGGUUAAUUACAAGUUAGAUAAAGACCUUAGGAUAAAGAUUAUCAGAUCCUUCCCGGUUUAUGGAAUGUGGCAGUACAGUUAG